AUGUCAGACACAUCAUCGGCAGACCAAGGAUUCUUGGUAACUUACGCCUUCUUGUCCAACCUGACGCAAGAGGCCAAGGAUAGGAUGCAGUUGUUCACUCAUCCAACUGACAGCGGCAACACCAUGUACUGUUACUUCUGUCCCAAGUGUGGGGUGCGACUCUAUCAAAACGCAGGGAGGCCUGAUGGAACUCCUGGAGGCAUUGUCGCUGUCAAGGCUGGCUGUGUGGAGGGCUUGGAUUGGAAAGACGUGGUCCAUAUAUGGACGAAGAGUGCCGUUGUCCCAAUCCCGGAAGGAGCAGAGCAGUAUGAGAAGGGUCUGACUCUUCCAUGA